AUGGCCUCUCACCAACUUUCUUAUAUCCUUGAUGUCGGGAACAAAGUCCUGUCGCCUCUACAGAUGCAAACGAUUGCACGCGAAUUCAACUUCUCCGAAACCGUCUUUCUGCGCCGAAAUGAUUCCGACGAGUUCGCUGUCAAUAUCUAUACGCCGGUAGCUGAAAUUGACUUCGCCGGACACCCAGUCAUCGGAACCGGUCACGUUAUAUUUCAACAGCUCUUACCUAGCCUCCGACAAUACCAUGCGUCUUCCGAGACCCAACUGUUUACUAAUGCAGGACCUGUUACUCUGCAUCAUGACACAGAAGAAGCAACAGUAUCAGCCCAAGUGCCUCACAAUGUUCAUAUCCACUCACGACCGACCACCAAGGAACAAGUCCUAAAGACACAGCCAUCCCUGCAUGCACACUCCUCGUCCUUGGAGGAAGUUUAUCCCGCUGUAUCUAUUGUCAAACGCGUCACUUAUACGUUGGUGGAUUUAACAAGGGACCCAGACAUAUUCACGUGUGUGAGUGCUGGGCCCAGUCAGGUCACAGAGCUGGAUGAUGGCUGGUCUCCUUCAUUCACUGGUGUAAUGUACUAUUUGACAUCAACACCUUACAUGGAGGAGGGCUUUGUGAUGCAAAGGCUUCGAGUUCGCAUGAUUGCAAUUGAUCUCGAGGAUCCAGCCUGUGGUAGUGGCUGCAGCUCUCUUUGUGCUUACUUGGCCUUGCGGCGGGGUGGGCCGCGUGCGCAGUUCAAAUUCCUGAUUGAGCAAGGGAAAGAGAUUGGACGGGACAGUUACAUUCACGUGGGAGUCACGUUGAAUCAGAGCGGAGACGGUGUAGAGACCAUUUCUCUCACUGGUCAGGCGGCAAUGGUGAUGGAGGGCACACUAUUGCUACCAGAGUAA